AUGGCAUCCGAGAAUACACCCAAAGUCAGCCCUGGAAACGAACCCUAUCCAGAGUUACCACCCAUGAGAGCGCCGUAUCUCGAAUACGUCUAUCGCCUCGUCACCAACAUGCACCCGACUAGCCACUACGAAAUCGAGAAUCUGCAAGGGACGGGGGUGACUCGCUCCAUCGGGCAUAUCCAGAAUGGCACCGUCCGUGGGCCGAGGAUCAACGGGGUUGUCGUUGAGAAUAGCGGAGCAGACUGGGCUGAGCGGAUUCACUCGAAGAAGAUGCGUUUUUCUGUUUUCCCGCGGAAAGAAACGUUCAUUGCAUACGGAGUAACUGUGAGGGCUGGCAACUCGCAGCAAACACCUGGCCAACGCCGUGGGAUUAUUCUCUUUGGACGCCUGUCAAAUCUCUUUGGUCGUUGCUGGCUGAUGAUCGGAUGCAAUGUGCUGGUUCUGCUCGGUUCCAUUGCUGCCGCUAUCACGACCACCAUCGGCGGCGUCAUUGGGGCGAAUGCCCUGAUCGGUCUGGGAGGUGCUGGGCAACUGUCGUACGCCAUUACCCUGGAGGAGCCUCUGCCGUACAAGGCUCGUGGAUACAUCUUUUGUGUUGUGUCCAUUGCAGCGCUGCCUGUUAAUGCCUUUGGCCCUGUCAUUGCCAAGGCGUUUGCUGCUGAGGCUGCGAAGAAACGGAGAUGGUGCUACUACCUUAAUAUUGUCACUACUGGCAUUGCGACCAUUGCGUUUUACCUGUUCUAUCGCCCGCCUUUGCGAUGCUGCAUGUGGGCAAGUCGCUUGAUUACGUCGGUAUCAUCUUGA